AUGGCGUGUAUCAACCUGAUUCAAGUGGAGAUGCAAAGUGGCCCAGAAGAUGUUCAUUUUGUGGCCCCAGGAAUUUUGAAUAACAAAAACUUUGCCCCGCUGCCUACAUCUUUCUGGGCGCUACACCCAUAUGAGGACGCCUUCUGGAACCGUGUCCAGCUGGCUCACGACCGCUAUUUCAACCCCAUACUGCACCCCAAAUACACCAAGAGGGCAAUGAAUAAUAGUACCUUGUAUGAGUCCCUGUUGAAGCAAAAUUUCUCUGAUGUGACUAACCUGACCAGCAUCAGAAGAAACUUUGACAAGCUACCACAGCAGAUGCAAGACUUUGUAAGGCACAUGCAAAGGAGGGACUAUCCAACUCUCCUCCGGCCAGAUGGAGUAUGUGGGGCUGGGGCAAAGGAUGAGAAGGAGCCCACUCUGCUUCUCCUGGCCAUCAAGACAACAGAGCUGAACUUUAAAAACCGGCAGGCCAUUCGAAGGACCUGGGGCCAGGUGGGAUGGGUGGCAGGCCGGAAGAGGAACAGCAACAGAGGUGAACAACGUGGAGGAUAUGUACGCAGGGUGUUCCUGUUGGGGAAAGAAAGCCAUGAGGAGCCAAGUGUGGAUUCAUCUAAGCUGCUGCAGCUGGAGAAUGACCAUUAUGGAGACAUUCUGCAGUGGAACUUCACGGACACUUUCUUCAACCUCACCUUGAAGGAUGUGCUCUUCUGGAGCUGGUUCUCAGACUUCUGUGGCCAGACUCGCUUCAUCUUUAAGGGAGAUGAUGACAUCUUUGUGAACACCCCAAACAUGGUAACAUAUCUCCAGCACCAGCUGAUGAAGCCAAGAGCACACAAGACAAUGAAAGACUUCAUGGUUGGAGAUGUCAUACGUGAAGCAAUGCCCAACCGAGUCAGCGACUCCAAGUACUUCAUCCCAGAUGCCUUUUACAGGGGCUUAUAUCCUGCAUAUGCAGGUGGGGGAGGGGUGGUGUACUCGGGCCUUUUGGCCAAACGCCUGCACAGUGUGUCCAAAGGGGUUCACCUGUUCCCUAUUGAUGAUGUCUACGUGGGGAUGUGUAUGAUGCGACUCAAAAUCACCCCCGUCCACCACCCUGGUUUCUUCACAUUUGACUUACCUCAAAAGGAUGCGGAGCAGCUGUGUUCAUACCACAACAUCCUGCUGGUCCACAGACGAAGCCCCGACCAGCUAGUAAAACUGUGGGCCGAGCUGAGCAAGACACAGAUGCAGUGCUGGGAUAUGCCUUUGAGGGAUGCACAAGAGAAGGGAGACAAACCCUAA